AUGCUCGGUGUAUAUGGACCACGACCACGUUGGACCUCCCCCAUGCUGCUCAGACAUGUUUGGACCAUGUUUGGACCCCCAAACAUGCUGCUCAGACGGCUUGUACAAGACAGCGAAAGGAGAAAGAUCGGCCUACUAAUAGGAUGCGACGCUAACGCCCAUCACCGUCAAUGGCGAAAUCCUGACACAAACGAGAGAGAUGAGUCAAUAUUCGAUUUCAUCCUCAGGUCCAAACUUCUAGACCCAGUCACCAAGAGGAGGGUCCUUGAUAAGCAUUCCUUUUCGGACCAUCGCUACGUCGAGAUAGCGGUAAACUUCGAAAACUUCACUAAGAUAGCUGUACGCAAUCCUAGGAAGGUUAACUGGGAUCUGAAUAAAAAUAUUCUACAUAGAUCCUUAGGGCAACCACCUUCAAGGAUUGUUGAGACUUAUGAGAGAUUUAACGCCAUGGUAGAAACACUGACACUGGCAUGUAACAAGGCGUACCAUAAGGCCUGUCCUGUAAAGAGAAUGGGCAGCAUCAGAUUGAAAAAGUCAUUUUGGUGGACCUCGGCGCUAACACCCUUCAAGAAAAAUGGCACCAAUACGGACGAGGCAUGGGAGACAUAUAAGGCUGAACUUAGGCGGCACAACAAAGAACUGCGAAAGGCAAAAGGAGCUGCCUGGGAUAAUUUCUGCACCAAUAUCCAGGGACAUCAGAGGCUUCUCGUCUAA